GGCCCGAGGCGGGGCGGGGCCGGGCGCGAUGCCGUGGUUCCCGGUGAAGAAGAUCCGCAAACAGAUCAAGCUGCUGCUGCUGCUGGUGCUGGUCACCUGCGCCGCGUGGCUCACGUACGUGCACCUGAGCCUGGUGCGCCAGGGCCGCGCGCUGCGCCAGCGCCUGGGCUACGGGCGAGAUGGUGAGAAGCUGAGCGGUGUGACGGAGGGCAGGGGCGUCCGGGCUGCGCUGUCCACACAGAGGGCGGAGGACUCCAGCGAGAGUCGGGAGGAGGAGCAGCCGGAAGGACGGGACCCAAACAUGCUGUUUCCUGUGGGGGCUGGAAAGCCACCCCCUCUGAACCUCACCCAUCAGGUUCCCCCGUGGUGGGAAGAGUACAAGGGGCAGGUGAACCUGCAUGUGUUUGAGGACUGGUGCGGAGGCGCCGUGGGCCACCUGAGGAGGAACUUGCACUUCCCGCUGUUUCCACACACUCGCACCACCGUGAAGAAGUUGGCUGUGUCCCCCAAGUGGAAGAACUACGGACUACGGAUUUUCGGCUUCAUCCACCCGGCGAGAGAUGGAGACGUCCAGUUCUCUGUGGCUUCGGAUGACAACUCUGAGUUCUGGCUGAGCCCAAACGAGAGCCCGGCGGGUGCCCAGCUGGUGGCCUUUGUGGGCAAGACUGGCUCAGAGUGGACAGCACCUGGGGAAUUCACCAAGUUCAGCUCGCAGGUGUCCAAGCCCAAGCGGCUCAUGGCCUCCCGGAGGUACUACUUUGAGCUGCUGCACAAGCAGGACGACCGAGGCUCAGACCACGUGGAAGUGGGCUGGCGAGCCUUCCUGCCAGGCCUGAAGUUUGAGGUCAUAGGCUCUGCUCACAUCUCCCUGUACACAGAUGAAUCGUCCCUGAAGAUGGACCACGUGGCCCAUGUCCCCCAGUCUCCAGCCAGCCACGUGGGGGGGCGCCUGCCACAGGAGGAGCCCAGAGCUGACAUGCUGCGCCCAGACCCCCGAGACACCUUCUUCCUCACACCUCGGGUGGAGCCUUCCAGUCUGGAGAACGUGCUGGAGCCCUGCGCCUACGCCCCCACCUAUGUUGUCAAGGACUUUCCAAUCGCGAGAUACCAGGGGCUGCAGUUUGUGUACCUGUCCUUUGUCUACCCCAAUGACCACACGCGCCUCACGCACAUGGAGACGGAAAACAAGUGCUUCUACCGAGAGUCGCCGCUGUACUUGGAGAGGUUUGGGUUCUAUAAAUACAUGAAGAUGGACAGGGAGGAGGGAGAGGAAGAUGAGGAGGAAGAGGUGCAGCGCCGAGCCUUCCUCUUUCUCAACCCGGAUGACUUCCUGGACGAUGAGGAAGAGGGGGAGCUGCUAGACAGCCUGGAGCCCACGGAGGCGUCCCCCCUGCAGAGCCGCCGCCACCUCCCCCUGCCCGCGGCCCCCACAGCGCCCGGAGCCACGCCCGCCCCGCCGGUGCCUCCCAGCCCCGGAGACCUGCCCACCACCCGGCGCUCCCGGGCGCUGAGCUGGGCCGACCGGGCCGCGCGCCCCCUGCCCCUCUUCUUGGGCCGCGCCCUGCGCCCCCGAGCUGCGGCUCAGCAGCAGCCCCCGAAGGUGUAUGUGACGCGGGUGCGGCCGGGACUGCGGGCGCCUCUCGGCCCACGCGGCCCACCCUGGCCGCCCUUCCCCGGAGUCUUCCUCCGCCCCAGACCUCUUCCCCGGGUGCAGCUGCGGGCGCCCCCACGGCCGCCGCGGUCUCGAGGCCGCAGGACCGGUGGUUCCCCGGGCGCAGAGCUGAGGCCCCCGGCCCGGGCGCAGGCCACCCAGGGGAGCCUGGAGGGCCAGCCGCGCUUGCUGGGACUCCCAGCUCCGACCGCGGCCGCGAACCUGUCGUCGGAAGCUCAGCCCGUGACCUCCUUCCUGAGCUUGUCCCAAGUGUCCAGGGCGCAGCUGCCUGCAGCGGGCGAUGAGGAGGAGGCAGACGAUGACGACGACGGGGCGCGGGGCGAAGAUGAGGACAGCGAGGAGGCCGCGGGAGCCCCCCGAGGCCGCUGGCGCGAGGACGCCAUUGACUGGCAGCGCACGUUCAGCGUGGGCGCCGUGGAUUUCGAGCAGCUACGCUCUGACUGGAACGACCUGCGCUGCAACGUGUCGGGAAACCUGCAGCUGCCCGAGGCCGAGGCCGUGGACGUGGUGGCCCAGUACAUGGAGCGGCUCAACGCGCGCCACGGCGGGCGCUACGCGCUUCUGCGCAUCGUGAACGUGGAGAAGCGCCGGGACUCCGCGCGCGGAAGCCGCUUCCUGCUGGAGUUGGAGCUGCAGGAGCGCGGGGGCGGCCGCCUGCGCCUGUCAGAGUACGUCUUCCUGCGACUGCCCGGAGCCCACGCGGGAGGCGCCGACGCCGACGGAGAGAGCCCGGAGCCCGCUCCCGCCGCCCCCACGCGCCCCGACGGCCGCCCCGAGCUCUGCCGGCCGCUGCGCCUGGCCUGGCGCCAGGAUGUGAUGGUACACUUCAUCGUGCCAGUGAAGAACCAGGCGCGCUGGGUGGCCCAGUUCCUGGCGGACAUGGCCGCGCUGCACGCCCGCACGGGGGACUCGCACUUCAGCAUCACCCUGGUGGACUUUGAGAGCGAGGACAUGGACGUCGAGCAGGCGCUGCGCUCUGCCCGGCUGCCCCGGUACCAGUACUUGAGGCGAACUGGAAACUUUGAGCGCUCGGCGGGCUUGCAGGCUGGAGUGGACGCAGUGGAGGAUGCCAGCAGCAUCGUUUUCCUCUGUGAUCUGCACAUCCACUUCCCGCCCAACAUCCUGGACGGCAUCCGCAAACACUGCGUGGAGGGCAAACUGGCCUUUGCGCCCGUGGUCAUGCGCCUGGGCUGUGGGAGCUCGCCGGGGGACCCGCACGGUUACUGGGAGGUGAAUGGCUUCGGCCUCUUCGGGAUCUACAAGUCAGACUUCGACCGCGUCGGGGGCAUGAACACUGAGGAGUUCCGGGACCAGUGGGGGGGCGAGGACUGGGAGCUCCUGGACAGGGUCCUGCAGGCAGGGCUGGAGGUGGAGCGACUCCGAGUGCGGAAUUUCUACCACCACUACCACUCCAAGCGGGGAAUGUGGGGCGCACGUGGCCGGAAGGGCUCCCGCACCGAGGGAUCCUGAAGACCAGGCAACCCCCUCCCGGCCCCUGGCCGCCGUCCCGUGGUGGGGGCUGGAGGCCGGGCCCUGAGCCUGGUCCCUGGGAACCCCGGCAAGGCUUAUCGCAGGGGAAUGGCCACCACCUGUGCCUGGCCCAGCGAGGCCACCGCCCCCUUUGUGCCCCUCCCCAGAGAGGCAGCCUUCACAGCUGGUUGGGGCCCGGGCUUGGUCUCCACACUCUGCGCGAUGAUUUCUGUGAAAUUUUGCUGUAGCGAUGACGUUGUUUUCAGGAUUUCCGAGAGUUCUGUCUGUUCCGUUUUUUAUUCAGAAUGAAAUGAAAUAUUUUUUUUAGUUCUGA